UCCUGCACUACCCGCGCGAAGGCGCAACCGCAACUGCUCUAGUGAGGCUUGGCCGGUAGCCUCAUAAGCUUCUACUCCAACCCACGUUGGGCGGGGGAGAAUAAUCGGGCGAAAGGCCGGCCCCCCGCCGGCCUACCACAGCCUCGCAUUUGCAUUUGACGUCUGCCACAUGGGGCUCUGGCAUCUGGAUGUCGCGUGCGCGCCAUGCGCCGCAGAGUCGCUCGGCAACCCUCUGUCCCGAGCUUUGGCUUCUCAAUGUGAAUCUCUCGGUUCCGACAGGCUGCGGCCGGAGAUGCAACGUAAGACGGAAACUGGCACGGCAGGGCGGCAGGCGGGUAUUCUUCGAGGCGAAAGGGCGACGGCGAUCCUCCAGGAUCCGGGCUCUUGGUCUCGCAUUGAUGACGGAAGAAGAGGCAGCGGGAUGGCACGAGAGCAUGGGCGGAGAUUUGACAACGGGAGCGGUCCCGGUGGCGCAUUUGUGAGCAGUCUCAAGAAACGAGGACGUUUGGCAUGGGCCGACUCAAAACGGAAUGCGUCGGCGGACAGUGCGCCUGCAUGCAGGCAGGUGGAAUGGAGGCUGCAACUGUAGCAGCCAGAGUGGAGGUGACGAUGCGCGCGGGAUUAUUACGUGAAAAAGCGACGGGGCGCCUUGCCGAGUGGCUAGUAGCCAUGGACCCUGAAGCUUGCUGCAAAGACGGUAGGAGGUCUCGUGAGGUUAGGUGG